CUCGGCGACGCCGCUGAAUUGGGGUUAUGUGCAGUUUGUUUACAAAAUCCUGGAUCAUUUGUUGUGCUUUCUCUGUGGUUUUAGUUAAGACAGCACUGGAAGAUGGAUAUGAGCUUCAUCAGGGAUCCCGCCACAGUGCGAGCCAGAGUGUACGUGGGCGCCUUGGCGGAGGGAACAACGCGACAGGAGAUGGAGGAGUAUUUCAUGAAGUACGGCAAUAUCGUGGGAGUCGUGGUGAACAGGGGCUUCGGGUUCAUCCAGUUCCAGGAGGAAGAGAGUGCUGGAAUCGCCUUGAAGGAUAAACACAGUAUGAUUCACGGGAAGAAGAUAUUUGUGAAGCCUGCUCAGGCUGGGGCCGGAGGACAGAAACCCGCCGCUGGCCAGAAGACAGGCGCUGUCUGGGAUGCUGCAGCGUCAGUAAGUCAGGUGGAAGCUCAACCAACGGCAGUGUGGAGUAACAACUACCCAAGGAAGCCGGAUUUUGGGUCCAGUUUGCUUAACAUAGCGCCCAUUAGUUACCCUUCCUGGAUGGUUGUUCCGGGUCGGAAUGAUUGUGAGAUUAUCGUGGUGUCGAAAGCGCUGACGUUGUAUGCUGAGACCAUCGAGGCGCACCUGAAACGGCUAGGCUUGUCUGUAGAUUUGCUGUAUCCCAACGACGACGUGCCCAUUGGCAAGGUACUGGGGAACAUCUCUUCCAGAGGCUGCUUAUACGCCGUGCUGGUGACGCCACAGAACGAGGAGCUGCGCAGCAUCACCGUAAACAUCCUCUAUGGACAGCCGGCAGAGCACAGAAACAUGCCUGUUGAGGAUGCUAUCAAGUUUAUCGCGGAGAACUUCAGAGAGAAAAUCAGAAAGGAUGUUGCCGCUGCCCAGAACAACGUGCCCACCACUCAACCCAUUCCUAUCACGCCCGUCUCUGCUGGCUCACUCACGGACAAGCACCCGGACUCCAUGCAAGCCCUGCUGCAGCUCCUGGCCGACAAUAGGAUGCUGACCGUGCUGCAGUACGACAAGAUCAUCAAGUACUUGAAUGAACGUCGCGAGAUGCAAAUGAAAGUGGAACUGGGCGAGGAGGCACCCAACGCGGCUGACAUUCUGGAGGCGCAGAAGAAGCAGCAGGAGCAGGACUUACAGCAGAAGAUCCUCAGCAUCCUCAACAAGCCCAGCAUCACGGGAGUCGCAGACUCCAAACCGCCGCUGGCCGCUGACAAUCCGCAUCGCGAUAACACCAUCAAACUCCUGCAGGACCCCAAAGUUCAGAAGGCGCUCGACACCGUGCUGAAGAGCACCCUCCUGCAGUCCCUGGAAGUGGCGUUCUGAAACUC